AAGACAGAGACUCAAAUCUCAACACAGAAUCCUAAUCCCUUGGAAGCCUCAAACGCAGAAAAUGAAACUGCUCCCGAACCCACCAAAACCCAAUCUCCCACCGCCCAUCGCCCAAAACAAACCCAACGAAACCAAAUAUCUGCCGUCGAUGUCGGAGAUCAUGACGUCAUCCAGAGAUCGGAAACUGGACCUGAGGAUCCAAACGGUGGGGCCAUUCUUCAGGGUCACGGCCAAUAACGCCGAAGGAGGAGGCGGUGAGCUAGGGAGAGCUGAGGGAGUGGUCAGGCCAUGGUUCGGCUGCGGGAAGAUUUUGCAUUUGGAUUCCAUCAAGUUGAAGCCCGAAACUUUGGCGUUGAAGGAGCGUUCCCUUUUGGGCGUUGGAUUGUUCGUCGGAGCCGUAGCGGUGCGUUAUGGCUAUGACUGUGGCUGUACAACUGCUCAGCUCCUCGCUAUCUAUGACUCUGAUGUCUACCACUCCAAGCUGGUUAGGUUUUACAAGAGGAUGGGGUUCGAAGCCGUCUAUGAAGUGAAGGGUUCAUCAAUGGGAGACAUGGCUCACAUGCUGACGUGGGGCGGCGUUGGAACUCUUAUGGAUGCCGAUGUCGAAGACCUCCUCCUCAAAUGGUCCAAUGUUUUUACCAAAUCCACUGCCUAACACAUUUUCUUACACACUCCUUGUAUUACUUGAUUUUUCUCCCAAACUAUGGGGGGUUUCUAUGUCAAUACAAAUUUACAUUUUCCCAAA